AUGCAUUUCCCAGCGCCACCCGUCAACGGCGGGCAUCAGCCACAGCACUUCGCCAACGGCGACGCCACAUGCAACGGCCAUCCGGCCGCCAAGAUGGAGCAGCUGUACGUGGUGCCGGACGACGGGCCGUGUCCGCGCAACCGGACGCUGUUCGAGGCCUUUGAGUGGUACCUCCCGGCCGAGCACAACCACUGGCGCCGGCUGGCCGACAAGAUCCCCAGCCUGGCCGCGCUCGGCGUCACCGACCUCUGGAUCCCGCCCGCGUGCAAGGGUGCCUGGUACACGAGCAACGGCUACGACGUCUACGACCUGUACGACCUGGGCGAGUUCGACCAGCGCGGCGCCAGGCAGACGAAAUGGGGGUCCAAGCAGGAGCUGCUGGAGCUCGUGGGAGUCGCCGACAGGCACGGCGUUAAGAUUCUGUUUGAUGCUGUGCUUAAUCACAUGACGGGUGCCGAUGAGACGGAGGCUGUCUUGGCAGUUAAUGUUGACCCUGAUGACCGCCGCCAAGAAAUAAGCACGCCACACCAGAUUGAGGCUUGGACCAAAUUCAACUUCCCAGGUCGAGGCGACACGUAUAGUCCGCUCAAGUGGUCCGCACAGCAUUUUACUGGUGUCGACUAUGAUCAGGCUUCCAAGACCAAUGGUAUUUGGAAGUUUCUUGGCAAAGAGUGGGCACGCGAUGUGGAUGGAGAAUUCGGCAAUUAUGAUUUUCUCAUGUGCACCGACAUCGACCACAGCCACCCCGAAGUCCGGCGCAACUUCUUCCACUGGGUGCAGUGGCUCGCGUCCCAGAUGAAGCUGGGCGGGCUUCGUCUGGACGCCGUCAAGCACAUCUCGGCAUCUUUUAUGCGUGAUUUCGUGAGUGUCAUCCAGAAUACCGUAGGGCGGGACUGGCUCCUCCUCGGCGAGUACUGGAGUGGGGAUGUCAAGGCCCUGCUUGGGUACAUUGAGCGGCUGGACCACCGAGUAUCGCUCGUCGAUGUGCCUCUUGUCGAGAGCUUUUCCCGCAUCUCACGGGGCGAGCAGCCAGAUUUGAGAAGGGUUUUUGAAAACACGCUGGCGGCCAUAAAACCUAAUAAUGCAGUCACAUUCGUUGUGAACCACGACACACAAACCGGACAGACCCUAGAGACACCAGUAGAGCCCUUCUUCAUCCCGAUCGCCUACGCCAUGAUCCUGCUGCGCGCCAACCACGGCACGCCCUGCGUGUUCUGGUGCGACCUGUACGGCACGCUGCUCCCCUCGCGGCCGGGCCCGGCGCCGCUCGGCGGCCUCCUCACGGCGCGCCUGAUGCUGGCGCGCCGGCUCUGGGCGUACGGCACCGAGGCGGCCUACUUCGCGGGCAAGGGCGCGCAGACCUGCGUCGGCUUCACGCGCUUCGGACACGCCGCGCGGUCCGGCGGUGCGGGCCUGGCCGUCGUGGCCAACACGGGCUUCGAGCGCGCCGUCAGGCGCAUGCGCGUCGGCUCCGCCCAUGCCGGCGAGCGCUGGACCGAUCUGCUUCGGCAGGUCUGGGGCACCGUCGUCAUCGAUGCUGCCGGCUACGGAGAGUUUCCUGUCGGGUCGAGGGGAGUGAGCGUUUGGGUUCACGAGGCGGCCCAAGGGAGGGAGGCCGUGGAUCGCUUGGUGUCGCUAUGA